CAGCAGGCGGCCAGCCGUUCUCCAACACUGUUGCCUGUAACGACACCAACAACAACAGCUCAAUAACAACAUAGCAGCAGACAAAUUGCAAGUUGCACGUUUUUUCAAUCGUCAAACAUGAUAAGCCCGGCCAGAACAUAACCCAGCUCUCGUGCAGUAAGUCUUCCGUCAAACCGAUCGAUUGUGUCCCGGUCAGCAGUACUAAAUUCCCCAAGUUUCGAGCCGACAAAUGUGCCAAGUGUGCGCGGGCGAGGGCACACAGUAAUAGCGAAGGAGCUUAACAAAGUCGCCGCAUAUUCAGUGGGCUGUUAUGCAAGCGGCCAAAUUGAAUUAGCCGGCAUGCUGCUCAAUCGAUUUGUGCUGGCCAUCAAGAACCAGUCGCGGGAGACGCUGCGCGCCUGGAGCUAUCAAUGCGAGUCGAUCUUUGCCCAGCGGUCGCGCCGCAUUCAGCAGCUGUUCAGUUUCUACCAGUCGGUGUACGGAACCCAGGGACUGAAGCAGCUAUGGCGCGCCUACUACCGCCGGGAGCUGCAGCCCCCGCUCCGGGGAAUGGUGAUGAGUGCUGUGGGUCUCGUCGGGCUGAACAUCAAGCGGCUGGGCAGCGACGGCUUUGACUGGAACAAGGAGCGCCUGGCCCUGUCCAAUUUCGACAUGUGCCGCCGGGACAUUGAGUUCAUCAACGCCCUGCCCCACAAUCAGCUCUGCGAGCGCUGCCAGUCCAAGAAGAUGAAGUACUGUUACUGUCAGCUGGGCAACCAGCGCUGUAAAAAGGGCCAGACCAAGCCAUCUACCAGCAAGGAGGCGGAGGCGGAGUCCAGCAUCAGCAAUUGCCAGCGACCGCUGGAUCUGGACGUGCGCAAUGCUCCCGCAGGCACGGUACGCAUUCAGGCCCAGGAUGACCACACAUGGGAGCCUUACUUCAGCAAGAAUGAGUUCAGCAUUUGGAGGCGGCAGGAGCGCUCCUCCUUGUACUCAUACAAGGUUUAUGCCCGUUUCGAGGACAUUACAGCCGACGAUUUCCUCCACGUUCAAACCGAUCUGGACUACCGCCGCCAGUGGGACGACACGGCCCUGAGACUGGAGCUCAUCAGCGAGGACCCCGUGCCGGGCAGCAACUCACAUCUGAUAUACUGGGAGAUGCAGUGGCCUCGGCUCUUCGCCAAUCGUGACUAUGUCUAUUGCCGUCGCUAUAUCAAGGACGAUAACAAGAAGAUGAUUUUCAUCUGCAACCGCGGGGCCACGCACAACUCCUAUCCGGCGUUGUCUGGAAAAGUGCGCGUCACCGACUACUGGAGCCUAAUGGUCAUCAAGCCUUUUCGCGGCUUUCACGAGCCCGGGCUGCACUUCGUCCUCACGUACUAUGACGAUCCGGGCAUACCCAUACCGCAAAAUAUCAAGUCCUGGGUGACGCAGAAACAGAUGCCCGAGUUUCUCACCAAGAUGUACGUUGCCACGAAGAACUAUGCCUGUUCGCGUGCCAUCAAAAUGAAGGACAUGUUCCACGGUUUCGCGCUUAUCAACGACGAUUAUACGGCUAAUGAGCAGCGCGGCAGUUGGCUGGGCAGUUUGAGCCGUCGCAAGGUCAACAGUAAACCCGAAGCAGAGCGCUAAGACUCCAAUCUUCCGCUCACAUUAGACCUUCCCGCCCCCACAAAGCUGCUAAUCAAACCCUUCAUCCCUGCCUUCGACUUUGAUAUCAAUUCAGGCGAAACAAAUCGAAACCACAGAACACCAGAGCAAGUGUGCAAUAGCUGUUGGCAUUUUAUGCUCUAAGAAUGUGUGCCACAUUGAUGAGGAACUUUAAAUAUAAAUAUUUAGCUAUAUAGCUAAACCAAAAUAUAUUAAGUUUAGAAAUUGUUUUAAACGCAAUUAGAAACUAUUGAAAUUUAUUGUACAAUAAAAGAAAUGGAAAAAGUCGCCCAGAGAGAGACUGAUGACUAUUGUAACGCAA